GUCUCAGUCAUUGUUUCGCUCCAGCAUUAACCACAUUCCAGAGAGACGCAGUGCACCCUGUGUACUUCCUCGCAUUCCUUCUACAGAAACGAGUCCCGUGCGCUUAAUUUAAUACGGAGAUGUUUUGCCUCGGUUUGACUGAACAUCUGUUGAGUUGCCUAGGAAUUCUUAGCACAAGUAUUUUGCUUGACUUGGGAUUUUACAACAACAAUGUUUGGGAAAACAAGCAAAAUCAACGGAAGAAAAUUCCUCCGCGGAGCGCGCCAUUGACUGUAAAGACCUUUCAACUUAACAAAAACUGAAAUUGACAAACGUCUCCUGUUGUUCAAACUUUGUUUAACGGGUGUAUCGCCAUAUCUUCGAAGGCGGGGGACAUGCAUUCAAAGGAGAUUGCAGACAAGACUUGUAGUUUUUGUGAAAUAGCGGUAAUGGCUACACUGAGCCAGCGUUUUGUUGUGAUUUCCAUGUGAAAUGCAUUUUCUGCCAUCUCUUACUCGGUAGUUGGCUGGCCGAUUAGUGUACUCGCUCUCUGUCUCUGAACUUGUUCCUCCUCUCAACAGCAAACCAUGGAUCACUAUGAGGAUGAAUUGGGACAUAGAGCUAGUAAAUUAAUGGAGGAUCUAUCGUUGUACGAACCGUAUCAAGAUGGAAUUUUUACUUCAAGAGAGGGGAUGGCAAUCAAUCCUGAUUUGGAUUUCCCGACUCCAGUGAUAACUGAACAGAAAAGUAAGCGAAUGAAUGGUAGCUCGGCGCCUCAUCAACAGCUUCACUCUGUGGAAAAUUACAUGUCCGUGAAUAAAGUGUAUAACGCGGCUCCUGUGCGCUCUGUGAACGGUAAUCGAAACGUGCCUUUGGAUUUUUGUACCCCUCAAAGAGAUGCUGGUUACAUUGAAGAUGGCUAUUGCACCAAAUCAGAAGUUGCGCUCCCGUGCUACAGUGGAGGAGCGUCAGAGCGACAUAGGAGAUACUCCUUGGAGGUGCAGGGACACAGGUACAGCACCGGCUGCGCGUAUGAUGGUGUUGUGUUGAAUAAGCAAGUACCAUUAUCGGGUAGUAGAAGCAAUAGUGUCGGUGUUGGCACUAACCACGAUGGCAGGUACAAUGCAACCAGCCCACGGUCCAGUUUAGCCUCGUCUUUGUCCUCUCAGGAGCAAAGUAAACAUUCAAGCCCGAGAUCCAGUGUCAGCAGUCCUCGGACAAGUUUAGUUGUACCUGGACAGGACAAGUAUACCAGUCCCCGAUCAAGUCUGGUGCACUGUGAUGGGUCGAGUGCGCUUAGCCCCCGGUCUAGCUAUGCAAGCACAGCCAGCGACACAAGUAAACAUUCCAGCCCGAGGGCCAGUCUGAACAGCUAUGACUGUGGUAGUAAACCAAGUAGCAACCGCACUAGUGGUAUUAGUAUGGGGUAUGAUCAAAGACAUAUUAGCCCGAGGUCGAGCACGGCAAGCCAGUACAGCACCACAAGUCCUCGGUCUAGCUAUUCUGACUCUAGAUACAUGCCCCCAACUAACCACGACCUGGAGGCUGCGGUGGUGCACGGCAUGCCUGUAGCCAGCCCUCGCUCAAGCAUCUGCAGCCAGGAAGGAAAUGUAAGACCUGGCGUGGCGGCUAACUGUGUCGUGAGCCCUCGUUCCAGCAUAUCCAGUCACAGCUCUAGAAGUUCCCGCAGCUCAAGGGGAUCUAUGAGCACAUACCCAGAACUUCAGCUUCCCUCGCCAAGGUCUUCAAUGCUGGGACCUGGUUUACAGGAGGACGCAUUGAUUGAGGACUUUGGGGACACCAAUGGUCUCCAAAACCGAGUACAUCUUCAAACAUUCCCAGUAAUUCAAGAGCCACAACAACAGUCCCAACAGCUGUCAACACAGCUUGGAAUUAACACUGAUGUGAGCACUGGCCAACCAACAUCUUUUAAUUACAGCAUAACCUCUAAAAGUCAAACUGCAGGACAAAGGUUUAAGUUGCCUUACCAGGUUACCCCAUGUCGGGACAGUGGACCAAGCCAAGCCGAGAGGCGGCUUGAGGCGCUCACCUUGGAGCUGGAAAAGGAACUAGAGAUGCACAUGAAAAAAGAAUAUUUUGGUAUCUGCAUCAAAUGUGGGAAGGGGGUGUACGGAGCCAGCCAAGCCUGCCAGGCCAUGGGCAACCUCUACCACACCAACUGCUUCACCUGCUGCUCUUGUGGGAGACGACUGAGGGGGAAAGCCUUCUACAACGUGAACGGGAAGGUCUACUGUGAGGAGGACUUUUUGUACUCUGGCUUCCAGCAGACAGCGGAAAAAUGCUUUGUGUGUGGUCACCUCAUCAUGGAAAUGAUCUUGCAGGCACUGGGCAAGUCCUACCACCCCGGCUGUUUCCGCUGUGUGGUCUGCAAAGAGGGCCUGGAUGGUGUGCCAUUCACAGUGGAUGUAGAGAAUAACAUCUACUGCGUGAAGGACUACCACACGGUUUUUGCACCAAAAUGUGCCUCCUGUAAUCAACCCAUCCUGCCUGCUGAGGGCUCUGAGGAGACCAUUCGUGUUGUGUCAAUGGACAAGGACUACCAUGUGGAGUGUUAUCACUGUGAGGACUGUGGGCUCCAGCUGAAUGAUGAGGAGGGCCAUCGCUGUUACCCUCUGGAGGGUCACCUGCUGUGUCACGGGUGCCAUAUCCACCGGCUGAAGGCCCAGGCGCCCGCUCACCCUCCCCCCAGCUACCCCCUGCACGUCACUGAGCUGUGAGCAACCCCGGGCAAAGGAGAGGGAGAGGGAGAGAGGGAGAGAUGGAGAGAGAGAUGAAGAGAUGCCAAGCACUGAAGGGGAGGAAUUAACUAUUUGAGCAACCAUUUUUUCCACCUUGUGGAGAAAAGGAGUGGACACAAAGUCCUCAUUUCAACACACACAUUUUAUAUAUAUUAAACAUAAAUAUAUAUAUAUAUAUUAUAUAUGUAUAUGUGCACAC